GCGCGCAGGAGGUUGCGGCUGCCGAAAUUGCAUUGAUUUUCGACUAAUUAGGCCGGAAAUUUGCAUACGAGUCGCUGAAAUCUACGGUCCCGACGAGCUUUCGGCGAUAUUGACAAGCACUAUUUUUGCCGAAUUCUGCACCUUUUCUCUUGAAACUGAGUUUUUGAGAUGUUCUGAAUGAGGUGGAUUGGAUUCUCUGCCAGACUUUUGCGGUCGUACUGCUCUGCACAGAAGGUGACAAGAUAUUCAACCAUGGCUCCAAUCAUCGACAAGGUGGACAGUCUGAUCCAGUCCAACCGGAUCAUGAUCUUCAGCAAGAGCUAUUGUCCGUUUUGCAACAAGGUCAAGUCUUUGUUUGAAAGUCACAAUGAAAUUUUCAACGCCAUUGAGCUGGACUUAAUGGGAGCUGAAGGUGAAUCAAUCCAAGAGGCCUUGAUUGCAAAAACCAAUCAGAAAACGGUGCCUAAUGUUUUUGUCAAUGGCCACCAUGUCGGUGGCUGUGAUGCAACCGUGAUUGCCAGCAAGGAAGGCAAGCUCAAGGAGUUGCUCGAAGGUGGCCCGAAGGAGUACGAUUACGACUUAGCCAUUAUUGGAGGUGGCUCAGGCGGGAUUGCAGCCUCCAAGGAAGCCGCAGCCUUAGGAAAGAAAGUUGUGGUGUUCGACUUUGUCAAACCAACGCCAGUCGGUACAACUUGGGGUUUGGGAGGUACCUGUGUCAAUGUCGGGUGCAUUCCUAAAAAGCUCAUGCACAAGGCUGCACUCUUUGGAGAGGACUUCAACGAUGCACCCUACUUUGGUUGGGAGAUGCCUGAAAAAGUGAAUCACAAUUGGAACAAAAUGGUCGAGGAAAUCCAGAUGUACUUAAAAUCCCUGAACUUUGGUUAUCGAACUACUUUGAGAGAAAAGGGCAUCACUUAUGUGAAUGCUUAUGCCACUUUCAAGGAGCCAAACAAAAUAGAGGCCUUUGACAAGAAAAGCAAGGCCACGGAAGUGACGGCCCGGAACUUUAUUGUAGCCGUUGGUGGUCGGCCCCGCUACCCGAACAUCCCUGGUGCCAUCGAGUAUGGAAUCACCUCUGACGACCUUUUCUCCUUGCCUUACUGCCCUGGCAAAACUCUCCUUGUUGGUGCCUCUUACAUUGCUCUUGAGUGUGCCGGAUUUUUGCGUGGAGUUGGUCUCGACGUCACAGUCAUGGUGCGCUCCAUUUUCCUGCGAGGCUUUGACCAGCAGAUGGCCGAGCUGAUCGGCCAGCAAAUGGAAAGUCACGGAACCAAGUUUGUUAGGGGUUGUGUCCCAGUCAGCGUGGAGAAAAUCCAGGAUGGCACACCUGGUCUUCUCAAGGUUACAGGAAAAUUGAAUGAUGGCUCUGAGUAUGUUGAUGAGUUCAACACUGUCAUUUUUGCAAUUGGUCGCGACGCUUGCACACCGUCGCUGAAUCUUGACCAGUUCGGAGUCAAGUUCAACCCGAGCAACGGUAAAAUUAUUGCGGACGAGAGGGAGAAAUCAACUGUUGACCACAUUCAUGCCAUUGGUGAUGUUAUCGACGGGAAACUUGAGCUCACACCUGUUGCGAUUCAGGCUGGAAAACUCCUCGUUAGGCGUUUGUACACAACAAGUGAGGUUCUGACUGACUACGUUAACGUCCCUACUACCGUUUUUACUCCACUGGAGUACGGAUGUGUCGGUUUGUCAGAAGAAGAUGCCUUGGCCAAAUACGGGCCUGAAAAUAUUGAGGUUUAUCACACUCACUUCCAGCCGCUCGAAUACACCUUAUCGAAGAGAGAUGAAUUUAAGUCAUACGGAAAGCUUGUUUGUGUCAAAAAUGAAAAAAAUCGGGUUGUUGGUUUCCACGUUCUUGGACCGAAUGCAGGCGAAAUCACCCAAGGCUACGCCCUGGGCAUCAAAUUGGGCGCCACUAAAGCUGAUUUCGCAAACCUGAUCGGAAUCCAUCCCACUUGUGCAGAGAACUUCACCACCAUGGACAUCAGCAAGGCAUCAGGCCUCAGCGUGGCGAAGAAAUCCUGCUGAGGUUAGAGCAGCUGCCUGUAGGACUUUUUAAGUCCACGGCAGCCGUUUGGAAUCUCCAGGCCUCACUUUGAGUUCAACAUGAACUCUGUAUGACGAUUAGGCUCCAAACCUCUGUUGUGAGGCGGGUCUAGUCCGAGAUCGAGGAUCUGGGGAGUUCCCCUACUGUAUGUUUACUCCAGCACUACUUCUUUUACUCGAGGUUAUUGCGUUAUUAUAAACAGCUGUUAUUGGCGAUAGUGCCUUUUCAAGUAAGUGUCUCACUCACUUUGAUAUUUUUUUACUCUGCCUUUUAUUGUUCUACUAGUAUUUGCUCGCACAUGGUUCAAAAUAAAUGCAGUAACAUAUGAAAAAACACCUCUUUUCU